CAUACUAUCACCGACAAUCUCGCGAGACUUAAAGAGCAACGAGAACAAGACGACGACGCUAAUGGCUUGUUAGCAUUGAGUAUUUUUUUGCCGCUUUCGUAUAUCGCCAAAUGGAGGGAAGGACACUCGAAUCCCAUUGCGGAGUCAGCCCAGUCUGAGACUGUGCACUUCCAGCAUCAGCCUGUGCAUUCAUCCUCCUGAGAAGAUGUAGCCAGGAAAGGAUGAAGCGGCUCAUUCCUGUGAUUCUGCAUCAUUCCUGACCUGUCACGCCCAACUGGCGUGUGGUGUGGUGUGGCAUCCCCCAACUCGGUAGUCCACCCGUUGAUUGAGCAUCCACCCCUGCCUCCGCCAUGCUGUUCUCCCUGCGGGAACUCGUCCAGUGGCUGGGCUUCGCCACCUUCGAACUCUUCCUGCACCUCCUGGCGCUGCUGGUCUUCAGCAUGCUGGUCGCCCUGCGAGCCGACAUGUUCACGCCCACCUUGAGCUGGUGGCUGGUGUUCGUGCCCCUCUUUGCCGCCGACGGGCUCAGCACCUACUUCACCGCCAUCGUGUCCACCCGGCUCUACCAGGAGAACGAGAAGCGUCUGGCCGUCCUGCGGCUCCUCUGGGUGUUGACGGUGCUCAGCCUGAAGCUGGUGUGUGAAGUUCUGCUCUGCCAGAAGUUGGCGGAACAAGAGCAAGCCAGGGACCUGUGGUUCGGCCUCAUUGUCUCGCCGCUCUUCAUCCUUCUGCAGCUGCUGAUGAUACGAGCGUGCCGGGUCAACUGAGGAGGUGAUGGUAUGUCCCCCCCUACACCCCGCCAGCCGUUCGAGAUUUAGAGUUUAAUUGGUUUCAUUCUGCUUGUCUAAUGUGCACGUGCUCACAUUAUACCCUUCCAUGGAUUUCCACAUCAUUUUAACAUUAGCCCCCAUGUUUUGGAAUCGCACCUAUUGAACGCAUUCAGUCUGUAAGAACGAUAUUAAAUAUGUAUUUUACUGGUUUAAUACA